AUGUCACAGGAAGAGCUGAAGAAAGUCGCGCCCUCAGCGCGGCACGAUCUCGACGAUGCGGCCCUGGGAAAGUACCUGCAGGCCAACAGCUCGAUUCAGGGUCUAAAGUUGCCAGUCAAGUCCACGAAGAUUGGCUAUGGACAGAGCAAUCCUACCUACUUUGUGGAUGAUGCCGCAGGAAAGAGGUUCAUCCUUCGCAAAAAGCCGAGCGGCACGAUCAUCAGCCUGUUGCACAUCAAGUUGAUCGAGAAUUUCGGGUUGCCGAAGGUGUUUGUGCUUUGUAUGGAUCCUGCUGUUAUCGGAACUGCUUUUUACGUUAUGGAGUUCGUGAAAGGCCGCAUCAUCACAGACCCCAUGCUCGGUGAACUGUCGCCAAGCGAUAGAAGGAAAGCGUGGUUCUCGAUGAUUGAGACACUGGCGUGGAUGCACAGCAUCGACCCGGACUCGAUUGGUCUGGAGGGCUUCGGCAAGAAAACGGACUUUUACAAACGACAUUGCAACACGUUUGCGAGGAUCGAGGCUCAGCAAGCCAAGGUCAAGGACGUGAAGACUGGCAAGGAGCUGGGGAGAGCUCAUGAGCGGUAUGACGAGAUCAUUGAGUAUGUGAGGGCACAUUUGCCUGGUGACCGGUAUUCGAUUGUGCAUGGCGACUACAAGUUCGAUAACGUGGUACUUCACCCAACAGAGCCCCGCGUGAUAGCAAUCCUCGAUUGGGAGUUGUCCACAAUUGGCCACCCGCUCAUGGACGACGUAUACGUUGUCGGACCUUUCUGGAACACACAGACCAGCACAGGUCAUCCGGGAGGGCAGAGUGCUGACUCGCCUUAUGCACCACAAAACCGAGCGGAGUCAGGGAUGCCCGAUCCUGACGAGUUGAUGGAUCGAUAUAGUGAAAUCGUAGGCUUUGAUCCGCGGAAAGACAACGGUGGACGUGACUGGGAAAUAGCGAAGGUGUUCCAUUUUGUCAGGGGCGGGACAAUAUCGCAUGGGAUCCAGGCGAGGACGAUCAGUGGUCAGGCGAGCAGUGACUUCAGCCAUAUUUAUUUUGAGAACACGAAGAGGAGUUUGAACGCCGCGUUGGAGAGGGUGAGGGAGCAGAAGGAGCUGGAACAGAAGGGGCAGCAGGUGAAGGCGAAGUUGUGA